GUCACAUCCAUCUAUACUAUUAAUUAAUUCCUAGUUGGAGAGAUCAUUCCAAAUCACAAACCAACAAGCUUUAUAAACUCCAUCCCUUUUCAAAUCAUUGCACAAACUCUAUACACACACCACUUUUAUAACUCACAAAUAUAUAUAUAUAUAUAUGUAUAUCUAUCUUCUUCCCCAAACCAUCCCUCCUUGAAAUAUUAAUUGCCUAAUAAAUUUAAAACCCUGAAGACAGAAAAUGCCUUUAGUACACUCCAACCCAUUCCACCACAUGGAAAACCCUGCCCUAUUCUCCCUCCUCCACCGCAAGAAAUCAUCAAAAUCCUCCGGCGGCGGCGGUUUAUUUCGAAUGUUCAAACUCCUCCCGAUGCUGACAACCGGCUGCAAGAUGGCGGCGCUCCUCGGCGGCGGGCGGCACCGGAAAGCCCUCCUGACGGACAAGGCGACCACCGGAACCCUAUUCGGAUACCGGCGGGGAAGGCUGAGCCUGGCCAUACAAGAGGACCCUUAUCGGCUGCCGGUCUUCGUCAUCGAACUUCCGAUCAUGACGACGGCGAUCCACAAGGAAAUGGCCUCCGACGUGCUCCGGAUCGCCCUGGAAUCCGACACCAAGACCCACAAGAAGAAGCUUCUCGAAGAAUUCGUGUGGGCCGUGUACUGCAACGGCCGGAAAGUCGGGCACUCCAUCCGGCGGUUAAACAUGACCGACGACGAAGUCCACGUCAUGCACCUUCUCAGAGGCGUGUCCAUGGGCGCCGGCGUCCUCCCCGGCCCCGACAAGGAUUCCGACGCCGGCGAUCAGAUGACCUACGUUAGGGCCCGGUUCGAACGGGUCGUCGGUUCGAAGGAUUCGGAGUCGUUUUAUAUGAUCAACCCCGACGGGGCAUCCGCCCAAGAACUCAGCAUCUUCUUCCUCAGAGUUCGUUGAUCAUCGGUGCUGUAAUUAAAUUAAUUAAAACUAUCUGUGUUCUUGAGUAAAUUAAAUUAAAAUUGAUCGAUACGUACUACAAUUGAUCCAUCUGAAUCUUUUUGUUUUAUCAUAAUUAAUUAUGUGCACGUACGUGCGAUCGUACGUUCUCUGUAUUCAUGGGUUUUCAAGACAUGUGGAUUUCAUUGUCAUGUCUUUGUCUUCUUCGCUGGACGAUGAUUACUAUUAUAUUAUUAUAAUUAUUAUUUUUUUAAAAUCUUUCAUAUAUAUGUCUA